UUCGAAAUCACGUUAUAUCGCCUGCGAUUCCUGAGAAUCAUAUUUCAUAACCAAUAAAAUAGCAAUUAAUGUUAGUAUAUCUUGGAAACGUGUUUUAUAUAAAGUGUACAUAAAUCAUAAAUACUAUGGAAGAAAGAAUGGAAAAUAUAGAUGAAAGACCAACAGAAAAGUCUGAAAGGAGAGAAGAACCUGUAAAUUAUUUAAGGAAUCUAAUUAACUGCUUAAGAAAUACGAAUCGCUUCUUCAAGAUCUAUUGGAAGAUUAUUUUUGCACUUCUAUGGGCGCUUUUUCUUUUACCUUUUCCCUUGAUUUACGAUUACUCGGAAGUUAGAUGUGCAUAUGUAGUAUUACUGAUGGGUGGUUAUUGGGUUACCGACUGCUUUCCUAUGGCAGUAACAUCACUCAUUCCAGUUGUCAUGUUCCCAGCUUUGGGCAUACUCAGCACGGCGGAUACAUGCGCCUGUUACAUGAACGAUACAAUAAUGGUCUUCAUCGGCGGUUUAAUUCUUGCUAUCGCCAUUGAGCACAGCAAUCUCCAUCUUAGGAUUGCUCUCGGAGUCAUGAAAACGGUUGGUUGCAGCCAUGCAAAAUUGCUCGGUGGUUUAUGCGUGGUCACAACUUUUAUAUCCAUGUGGGUAUCAAACACCGCAGCCACCGCUAUGAUGGUGCCCAUAAUAUUUGCCGUUUUGCGGGAGUUGGAACAAGCUGGUUUGGGCGCUUUGUUCAAAACAGAAGUUGAUUUAGACAGACCAGACAUACCGCCUGAGAUAAGACCAACGAAACUAACAAAAGCGUAUUUAUUGGCGGCGGCUUAUUGUUCGACGUUUGGCGGUACAGGAACAUUAGUAGGAACUGGCACAAAUCUAACUUUCAAAGGAAUCUAUGAAAGUACGUUUCCAGAGGCUGAAGGAAUUAGUUUUACAGAUUGGAUGGUAGCAUCUUUUCCUCAGAUGGUUGUAAAUUCUUUCCUCACCUGGUUGUAUGUACGAAUCGCUUUUUUGGGAUAUUUAAGACCACACAGUAAGGACGCUCAAGUCGGAAGAGAAGGUGAAACUGUCACAAAUCAAGUUAUACAACAGAGAUACAAGAAUUUGGGUCCCAUAACUUUUCAUGAAAUUGGAGUAGCCACUUUAUUCUUCACAUGCGUGUUUCUUUGGAUAUUUCGCAAACCUGGUUUCAUCCGUGGAUGGUCGGAAGUGAUUACUGAUAUAGAUGUUAGAGAUUCAGUGCCCGUGAUAUUCGUCUCCAUCCUGAUGUUUUUCAUCCCAAAGGAUCCUAGCUUCAUCUAUAGUUAUAGUCAAGAUCCCGCUAAAAGGCCAAAAAGAUCUUCAGAAGGUUUAAUUACAUGGAAGGUAAUCGAAACUAAGAUGCCAUGGAGUCUAAUGUUCCUAUUGGGUGGCGGUUUCGCAAUCUCAAGAGGAAGUGUAGCAUCGGGUAUGGCAAAACGAGUCGGUGAAGCUCUAGUACCACUUCGUUAUUUACCACCCAUUGUAAUACUUGCUGUUGUGUGCUUCUUCGAAGGCCUUAUAACGGAGUUUACCUCAAAUGUGGGAGUGGCGAAUAUCACUCUACCAGUGAUAGCGCAGAUGUGCGUAGCAAUGGAAAUACAUCCUAUGUACUUAAUGAUACCAGCUACCCUGAUGUGUUCAUUUUCAUUUCGCUUACCGGUUGGCACACCACCCAACGCAAUUGUAACAAUCGCAGGACAUAUCCCUACAAGUUGGUUGAUUGCUGGAGGCUGUGCACCCGCGAUUUACAGUUUGAUAGUAGAAGUCAUUUUCUUCCCUACAUGGGGUGUUUUCGUUUACGGAAUUAAAGAUUUUCCUGCUUGGGCCAGAUAUGUCCAAAUGGAAAAUAACACAGAUGUGCUUCGUUAAUUAA